UAAUAAUAUUUUACCUCACAUUUGACUAUAAAAUUCUUUUUAAAACUACUUAUCAAAUGUUAUAUUGUUGUGUUCAACUGACAGUUGGUUUCGCGGUAUAAUAAAAGUAUCUGACUUUGAAUUUUGCUAUUGUGUUGACGUUUACACUUUUAGCUGAUUAAUUAAUAUUAAAAUAUGUAACAUUAUUGUAAUCAACGUUGCGUUUAGAUUUUAGAGGGGUGUGCCAAGAUGACAUCAAAUUUGAGCACGGAUGAUCUGGUUGUGCAAAUCACUGCACCACAAGUUAUAUCGGCGGAGGUGGCGGGGGCCGCGGCGGCCGCCGGGGGUGCGGGGGGCGCCGAGCUGGGCCGGCGGCUGCUGCUGGCGGCGCGCGUGGGCGACACGCCGGCGGUGCUCGACCUCAUGGUCAAGGGCGCGCCCUUCACAACCGACUGGCUGGGCACCUCGCCGCUGCACCUGGCGGCGGCCAACGCGCACGAGGAGACGUGCGCGGUGCUGUUGCGCGCCGGCGUGUCGCGCGACGCGCGCACCAAGGUGGAGCGCACGCCGCUGCACCUCGCCGCGCACGCCGGGCACGCGCGUGUCGUGCGCCUGCUGCUGCGACACGGCGCCAACGUCGACUGCAGGGACAUGCUGCAGAUGACGCCACUGCACUGGGCGGCGGCGCGCGGGCACGAGGCGGCCGCGCGCGCGCUGCUGGCGGCCGGCGCGGACGCGCGCGCUCGCUGCAAGUUCCGCAAGACGCCGCGCUGUCUGGCGCUGCGGGCGCGCGCGCCGCGCCUCGUUCGCCUGCUGGACGACGCGCUGGCGCAGCAGGAGCUCGCCGCCUCGCUGCGCCCCAUCGCUCACGACGAUACUUUGGCAGAGGAAAGCACAAACCAGAAACAUUUAGAAAGUGUAACACGUCUGCAGGGGACCGACGCGAACAAACUGAAGAACGCACAAGAAAAUAAUGUCAGAGCAGAAAUUAAAUCCGAGAUGCGGCAAGGGGGCACGGCGUGUGCUGGGGGCACGUCGGGCGCCGGGGGCACGGCGGGCGCCGGGGGCACGGCGGGCACCGGGGGCGCGGCCGAGGCGCUGCUGCGGCGGCACGGCAUAGCGCUGCUGCCGGCCGACGAGGGCAGCACCGUGCUAAACGCGCUGCAGAGCGGCCGCACCGUCGUCUUGUCUGAUGCUGGGAAACUAAUGCUUAAAGAAAGCGGCGUCGGAAACGUCAAUGGCACGGGGGGUGCGACGGGCGCAGGGGGUGCGGGCGGUGCGGCGGUCGCGGGGGGUGCCCCGGGUGCGGGCGGCGGCGUGGUGCUGACCGCGAAGGCCGUGAAGGCGGCCGCCGGCGCCGGUCUCAAGGUGUUCACGCUCAACAGCCUGCCGGGUGCGCCGGGUGCGCCGGGAGCGCCGCGCAAGCGCAUCAUAAACCCGAAAGACCUGCAACAAGUGAAGAUCGUGCAGCUGCCGGCGGACGCGCGCCUGGUGCCGGCGGGCUCGGGGGGCACGGGGGGCUCGACGGUCGCGGGGACACGCGGGGGGCGCCGACCGUCGCAGCGCCCGCCCGUCAAGAUUCUCAUGAAGAAGAGCAACUUCGAGAGGCUGAUUGCGACCGCCAACAGGAGCGCGCUGGACGCCGCUAGCGACGCGGAGGGCGGAGUGGCGGCAGUGUCGGCGGAGGGCGCGGCGGCAAAAGUUUUUUGGGAUUUUGUAAAAUGUAUUUGCAUAAUCUACCCCGUUUAG